UCUACACUGUCUAUAUUUUCAACUUUUUCUUUUUGUGUGCUGAUUGCUGAAAGAUAUAUUAUGAAAUAAUUACUGAAUUGAACUUCAAUUAUGUAUUGUUUUCCAUUCUAAGUGUAAUUUUCACAUAAUUAGUUCAAUAGUACCGGUAUUCUUCAUUGUUUUACUUUUUAAAAACUUGAACCUUGUUACCAAAGAUCAUUUCUUACGUCUCUUGUUAGUUUUUUGGAAAAUCAUCGAUCAAAAUGUCCAGUUCAGAUACUUCGCGUGAUUUGUUACCGCUGUAUUAUAAACGUUUAUUUCCUUAUGAAGAUUAUUUUGAGUGGCUGAGUUAUGGAGAAAAUAACCCUAAAUACAUCGAAAAUCGAGAAUUCUCUUUCACAUUGGAUGAAGAUGUGUAUAUCCGGUACCAGUCGUUUAUAUCUCUUGAAGAAUUCAAAAAAGAAGUACAAUCACACCGUUGUCCUAGUAAAAUUGAUAUCGGAGCAGUAUACACAAUAAGGCCAAGAGAACACCGAAAUAACAGAGCCCUAUUCCACCCUUUAGAAAAAGAAUUGGUCUUCGAUAUCGAUAUGACCGAUUACGACGAAGUCCGUACUUGUUGUUCCGGUGCAGGAGUUUGUAACAAGUGUUGGAAAUUUAUGUCAAUAGCGUGCAAAAUCUUAGAUCUGGCAUUGAAAGAAGAUUUUGGAUGGAAACUUCGUUUGUGGGUGUUUUCUGGAAGGCGUGGUAUCCAUUGCUGGGUUUGUGAUGAAUCCGCUCGAAAAUUGGACGGUACUCAAAGAUCUGCUGUUGCUGAAUAUCUUCAAGUGUUGACGGGUGGUGAAAAACAGGCGAAAAAAGUUCAGUUGUUUGGAGACAAUUUGCAUCCUUCGGUUAGCCGUGCUUUGAACAUAAUAAAAAAAGUUUUCAAGAAAAUGAUGAUUGAAGAACAGGAUGUACUAAGAACGAAAGAAGGGUGUGAUAAAUUAUUGAAAAUGAUAUCGGAUGAAAAGCUGCAAGAGAAAGUUAACGCUGAAAUAUUUGAAGUUGAUACCAGUGCUGAAAGAUGGGAUAAAUUUGUUGCUGUAGCAGAAUUACACAAUCAACAGACGAACAUGAGUAACAAAACGAAACACAUUGUGGAAGAAAUUAUGCUUCAAUACACGUAUCCGAGGCUUGAUAUUAAUGUAACCAAAGGUCUUAACCAUUUAUUAAAAUCUCCAUUUUGUGUGCAUCCGAAAACUGGCAAAGUUUGUGUGCCAUUUUCACCAAAACUAGUCGAUUCAUUUGACCCAUCAGCUGUUCCUACCUUAGAAUUGUUAUUAGAUGAAAUUGCUCACCAUGAUGAAGAUAAUAAAGAUGCAGAAAAGAAAUUGUCAGAGGAAUUCCGAAAAACAUCGUUAAAUAAAUCUGUAAAAAUUUUUCGUGAAUUUAUUAGCAUGAUGAAAAAAGAGUGUAAGAAAGAAAAUUAUGAGAACACAGCUCCCUCGAUGGAUUUUUGAAAUGAAACCAGAAGAAUUGUUCGAACAAUUUGAUAACUCAAAACGCUUUCGCGGUUUAAUGAAUAAACCGAAGAGCAUUUCUAAGUCGGAUUAGUUGUUAUACUACCGCUAAAAAAAAAAUUAUUUUUCAAAACGGCCGUGAAUGUUCUGCGAUUGAUUUUUAAUUAAAUUUUCUCUUUCUUUACAUUGUAUGUACCUGAACAUAAUCACUGUCUUAAUGAAACCGUACAGUGUCUAGAAUUAUUUUUUGAAAUAUGUAUUUGUUCAUUACGGAAUGCAUCUCGUUAGUUUCACUAUAAUAUUUUUCAGUAAGUUACUUUUUAAAUAUUUGUAGAAAUGAGUGAAAUUCAAUAUAUUAAUUAAUAAAUCUGUCUUUAAAUCAGA